AAGAGUCGCAUAGUAAGAGAACAGUGCACACACCUUGUGUUAUCUUGGCUUCUUAGUAGCCUGAGACACCUUGGCAGACCGAAUACGUGACGAAACAGUGACAGCCACAAUGCAAGUGGCAAGUUUCUUCUUGUUUCUGAUACUUUCGGCUGAGUUAAUGGGCGCAUUCGCGGGUCCCGGGGCUGGACAGUACACCUGGGAAAGGUUUAAGAAACUUCCUUACCCCGGUGACAAGGCUUUCCUGUACGACACUUUUCCUGAGGGGUUCAUGUGGUCCGUGGGCACUGCGGCUUAUCCGAUCGAAGGAGCUUUUGAGAAAGACGCCAAGGGACUGUCGGUUUGGGACACUUUUACCCGUGGCGGUAGCCGCAAAGCCAUGGGAGACGUGGGAAGUGACAGCUACCAUAAUAUCCCUGGUGACAUUCGCGCGCUCCAGCAACUCGGCGUCAGUCAUUAUAGGUUCUCGCUGUCCUGGCCGAGGAUAUUCCCGAAUGGUACCCGUGGUAGCUAUAACGAAAAGGGGACGCAAUACUACAAAAAUCUAAUUCGGAGACUGAAAGAAAUAGGAGUGCAACCAGUUGUCACUCUGUACCACUGGGACCUUCCGGAUGCCUUGCAGCGUCUUUACGGCGGAUGGAGUCAUCCCAUUUUGGUGGACCUCUUCAAAGACUACGCUGAUUUUUGUUUUGAAACAUUCGGAGAGGAUGUGAAAUACUGGAUCACAAUCGACAACCCCUUUGUUGUGGCCUGGCACGGAUACGGAACCGGAAUUAUGGCGCCCGGCAUUAAAAAUGAUCCAGACUUGCCGUUCAGAGUAGGACACAUACUCUUGAAGGCGCACGCCGCGGCAUGGCAUGUGUACGACCAGCAGUACCGUCCGCUGCAGGGCGGGCAGGUCUCCAUGGCCCUCGGCUCCCACUGGAUCAGGCCGAGCAAGACGCGGCGGGAGAACCUGCGGGCGUGCCAGUGCUCCCUCAACUUCGUCCUGGGCUGGUUCGCCCAGCCGCUCUUCGUGGACGGGGACUACCCCCAGUGCAUGAAGAACAACCUGUCCUCCAGGCUGCCCUCGUUCAGCGAGGCCGAGAAGGCCUCCAUCAGCGGCACGGCCGACUUCUUCGCCCUCUCCUUCGGCCCCGUGCUGAGCUUCCAGCUGAUCAACGAGAGCCUGAAGUUUGGCCAGAUAGAGGACCUGGACCUGCGCAUGCUUCUCUACUGGAUCCGGGCCGAAUACGACGACCCGCCCAUCUUCAUUGUGGAGAACGGCUGGUUUGUCUACAGCAACACCAAGACUGAGGACCCCAAGCACAUGUACUACCUGAAGAGGUUCAUCAUGGAAACGCUGAAAUCAAUUAGGUACGACAAAGUGCGAGUGAUUGGCUACACGGCCUGGUCCCUGGUCGAUGGCUUUGAGUGGUACAGGGAGUACUCGAUGCGCCGCGGCCUGUUUUACGUGAAUUUCGAAACGACAGAUAUGAAGCGCGAACCCAAGACUUCUGCCAUCUUUUACAAGAAACUGAUCGAGAGGAAUGGCUUUCCACCGCUACCCGAAAACAAGCCUGCCAGCGGAGUCUUCCCCUGCAACUUCGCCUGGGGUGUGGCAGCCAACUCCAUACAGGUGGAGACCACUCCUUCCCAGUUCGCGGACCCCAGCGUCUACAUCUGGAACAUCACGGGGAACGGCGAGCUGAAGCGGCUGGACGGGGCCUGGGCGCCGCCUACGCGCAGGGCCCCGCGUUGCGCUGACUACACCUCCAUCCGCCACCAGGUGGCGCAGGUGCGCAGGAUGCACGUCAACCACUUCCACUUCUCCCUCAACUGGUCCUCCCUGGUCCCCACGGGCAAAGUGUCGGAGGCCAACGCUACGCUGCUGGGAUACUACCGCUGCUUCGUCAGCGAGCUCUUGAGGGCCAACAUCACCCCCGUCGUCACCCUCUGGCACCACACGGGCAGGCACUCCAGCCUCCCGGCCCCUAUGGAAGCUAAGAAGGGUUGGCGUAGCUCUGAGACGGUGCAGGCCUUCGUCGACUACGCCCGGCUGUGCUACCAGCAGCUAGGGGCCUACGUCAAGCUCUGGAUCACGCUGAACGAGCCCAACACUGAGGAACUCGGCUAUGAGGUGGGCCACCAGCUGCUCCGGGCCCAUGCCCUGGCCUGGCACGCGUACGACAAGGACUUCCGCAAGGACCAGGGGGGGAAGGUCUCACUCACGCUGCACACGGACUGGGUGGAGCCGGCCUACUCCUUCAACCGCAACGACCUGGUCCCCGCCAACCGGGUCCUGGACUUCCGCAUCGGCUGGUUCGCCGAGCCCAUCUUCGGCAGCGGCGACUACCCGCCGGGCAUGAGGAGCUGGCUGCAGCAGAGGAACACCCUGGACCUGUUCAGCUACCACCUGCCCGUCUUCAGCGAGAAGGACAGGAAGCUGGUGAGGGGCACCUACGACUUCUUCGCCCUCAGCCACUUCACCACCACCAUGGUCUCCGACGUGGUGGAGGACAAGUACACGUACGAGGGCAUGCUGGAGGUGCACUACAUGAUCGACGUCACCUGGAUCAUGUCUCCGCUCAGAAGCUCCCCUGUGGUCCCCUGGGGCCUGCGCAAGGUGCUCAACUGGGUGAACUCCAAGUACAAGGGCGUGCCCAUCUACAUCAUGGCCAACGGGGUGGACGAGGACCCCGCCCGCUUCAAAGACAGCCUGCGUGUGUACUACCUCUACAACUACAUCAACGAGGCUUUAAAGGCGUACAAGCUGGACGGAGUGAACCUCCAGGGCUACUUCGCGUAUGCUCUGAGUGACGAGCGGGACCCGGGCUUCGGCAUGUACGGCCACGUGCACGAGGACUUCAUCGUCAAAUCCUCCCUGACCCACUACCGCAACAUCAUCGACCACAACGGCUUUCCCAGCCCAUCGUCCGCACAGCAACACUGCCCCCACCCUACUGAGCCCUGCCCCGGGUGUCACCUGUUCACCAAGCGCCCAGUCGUGGGCUUCCUGUCCCUGGUAGGCUCCGCCCUCCUCAUCACCGUGGGGAUGAUCAUAUACUAUGCCGCCAAGAGACACAAAUAGCCCGGCUCGUGUCUCUCUCAUGCACAGACCUCUCCACCCUCCUCUGUGUUAUGUUUUCGUCAUGUUUUUCUCCUGGGUAUGGAGGGACGUGGCUGACUGAACCAUGUUGCUGCUGUACUUGAUGGUGAUGAAUGUGAACUUCUCUGGGUUGACCCCGCCCCUUCACCAGGCCCAGUUUGGCCUGCUCUGCGCCCGGCCGCAUAUCUGGACCACGAAUGGCCAAGCCAGUGUCGCCGAACACCUGAAGUCAGAAAGCUCAAGACAGCGUGACUGUACAACAGUGCACAAGGACAAAGUGGGCAUGGAGCAAGUGGUGAACCCCACUAGGUUCCAUGCCCCAAAAAACCUGUAGAUAGGUCCAGUGUGCGUGACAUCACUGAAUGAUGCUGCUGCUGCCACUGCCUCUGAAUCUCUGAGGAGACCUUAAGACAUGGACAGCCAUGUGCUAUAUACACUCAAUGUCCCAAAACAAAUGAACAACUUACACGCUUAAAGGCAUUUGCUGAUCACUCAUGUCUCUGCACAAUUCCUCUCAUGUUGCUGUCUCUUGUGUAACACAGUGAUAAAGACACACAUACCCUACGGGUUGCUACACUUGAUUCUCUAAAAGUAGUUACCCCUCUGUAAAGAAAAUUGACCUGGUCUGUUGAGAGCAGUAUAAGUCAAACAAUGUAUAAACUAGGACAUUUUCAUAAAACAAAGGAAGGGGUAGGGGUUAUGCCAGUGAAACCUUACUGUAAGAAAGAUUCUAUUUUUGUGAUAGGAGUACUUUGCAGUACUUAUCUUUAGUUUAUGUAUUUAUGACAAAUUUUAUACCACAUACUAAUUUACAACGUCUUUUAUUUUCAUUGCUGUGGCAUAUCACUUGAUGCAUUAAAAUGCAACUACAUACACAAUUUGUUGUGAAAUGCACUGUGAAAACGUUUUGCUUGAUUGUGAUGAUUAAAUCUGAAUGCUUACCUACUGUGGUUAAUUAAGAAUAGCUCCAAAGAGUGUCUGAUUACCUCUAAUAUUUAAUUUUACUUUUUUUUUACUUAAUAUUAUUAUUGAGGUUCUGAAAAUCAUGAGUUCAAAUAGAAUACACAUAAUGUUAAAACUGAUGUGCAUACCAUGUAUGGAUAUUUAUUUCAGUGGUAGCAAGUAAAUUGUCUUUUAUACAGGGUGAAUGUUUCCCUUUAGUGCUAUUCCAUCUGAAUUAUUUUGACCAA